AUGCGCUCCUCCUCGUCUCGCACUCUCUGCGACGACUCGAGGCUCGCCUGUCGAUCGUUGAGUGCGGCAAACGCGAUGAGGAUCUUAUCGUCUCGCUUCCCGCUCUCGCGAGCGGGUCCAUCGUUGACGACUGCGGGUGCGGUAGGCGCACGCGCUGGCGAGCCGCGCCCGGGCGUGGCUCGCGGGACACCCCCUGGUGUCUUCGUAGUCGGGUCGGUGGUUGCGGUCAUUGGGCUCAUAACCUGUAGGCAAGAUGCGUGUUGCGAGAAGGAAGCGUUCGGUGAACAAUAA